ACUUCCGGCGCAGCUCAGAUGCCCUCGAACGUCAGCAUCCAGCGUUUAAAUGGUGUUUACAGUUCACUUGCGUGACCGGUGAUUAGUCGCCAUUAUCGGACGUUGUUUAUUUCAUACUGAGCCGAAGUCGGAGUGUAUAAUAACUGCACUGCGGACAUGUUUUAUUAAGAACAGUCAAUGCGGCCGUGUGUGUUUUCCCCAGCCCGGCGGUGCAAGGUCUAUGUGGGAGAACUGGGAAUCUGAGUGCAUUCACUUGUGAGGGGGGUGAAGAGAGGUAAAGGGACGCAGGAGGACAUGUCUGAGGGAGAGGGCAAGACGACCACAGCUGCGGAGGGAAAGCCGGAGUCUGGGGCACCGGUCCCCGGUGUCCAGGGUGCGUCGUCCGUGUCCCCGCCAGUGUCGACCGGCAACCCGGGGCCCCCUGCCCCGGCCCCUGAGGAUGAAGAGGAGAGUGAGGACGAGUCUGAGAUUUUGGAGGAGAGUCCUUGUGGGCGCUGGCAGAAACGGAGAGAGGAGGUUAAUCAGCGUAACGUUCCAGGGAUAGACAAUGCCUACUUGGCUAUGGAUACAGAAGAGGGGGUGGAAGUGGUGUGGAAUGAGGUCAUGUUCUCCGAGAGGAAGAACUUCAAACUCCAGGAGGAGAAAGUCAAGGCUGUGUUUGAUAACUUGAUACAGCUGGAGCAUCUGAACAUUGUGAAGUUCCACAAAUAUUGGGCUGAUGUGAAAGAGAACAGGGUCCGGGUUAUAUUCAUCACUGAAUACAUGUCUUCAGGAAGCUUGAAGCAGUUUCUUAAGAAAACAAAGAAAAAUCACAAAACCAUGAAUGAAAAGGCCUGGAAGCGAUGGUGCACACAGAUCCUUUCUGCUCUCAGUUAUCUUCACUCAUGUGACCCACCAAUCAUCCAUGGCAACCUGACCUGUGACACCAUUUUCAUUCAACACAAUGGCCUGAUUAAAAUUGGUUCUGUGGCUCCAGACACCAUCAAUAACCAUGUCAAGACCUGCCGGGAGGAGCAGAAAAAUUUGCAUUUCUUUGCACCAGAAUAUGGAGCAGUGACAGUUGUCACUACAGCAGUUGACAUUUACUCUUUUGGAAUGUGCGCCUUAGAGAUGGCCGUGUUGGAAAUCCAGAGCAAUGGAGAGUCUACAUAUGUGCCACAGGAAGCUAUAAAUAGUGCCAUUCAGUCCCUGGAGGACCCCUUGCAGAGAGAGUUCAUCCAGAAGUGCCUAGAGGCAGACCCCCAUAAGAGGCCCACUGCCAAGGAGCUGCUCUUCCACCAGGCCCUGUUCGAGGUGCCGCAGCUGAGGCUGCUGGCCGCCCAUUGCAUCGUCACCCAUCAACAUAUGAUUCCUGAAAAUGCUUUAGAGGACAUCACCAAGAACAUGGACCCCAACCUUGUGAUAACUGAACGAAAGGAUGGAACACAGUUGAAGCUUUCUCAGUUUCCUGCACUUGAGCUCGACAAAUUCCUGGAAGAUGUAAGGAACGGGAUCUACCCCCUCACUGCAAUCAGGAUGUCCUCCCCUCAGCAGCCGCAAAAGGAGGCAGUGAAGUCACCUGCUGUUACCCCUUCGGUCAAGACUCCCACACCAGAGCCUGCAGAGCUGGAGAUGAGAAAGGUACUUCAAAUGCAGUGCAAUAUUGAGCCUGUCGAAGAAGGUUCGAAGCACCAUCUUACGUUACUACUGAAGCUGGAAGACAAGUUAAACCGGCAUUUAAGCUGUGACUUAUUACCCAAUGACAAUGUGCAGGAUCUUUCUGUGGAGCUGGUUCAGCUGGGCUUCAUCAGCGAGAUGGAUCAGCCUCGCCUAGCCUCUGUUUUAGAAGAGGCCUUCAACAAGUUUUACAACCGUGGUUCCCUUAAUCCAGUUACUGUGUCGUCAUAGCUGACGUGCUGAGGUGGAGCUGUACUAGUUUCUCCCACAUCCAUAUCAGCUGCAGGGGACUUGGUGACUCACACACAGAGCAUUACGGAAUAGGUCAACACCUACAUGGAGGACACGUGUCCUAGACUACAGCAGUCUCUCUUGCCUGCUUCUCCAUCUGGAAGGUGGAAUAGCUGGUUUUCUUUUGAUUGAUUUUUUUUUUUUUUUUUUUUUUUUUUUUUUUUAGAAACAUAGGAGUUUAUAUAUGGUGAUGGUUGAACUCGGUAUUACAGCUGUCUUGUGAACAUUGUUUUUUAUUUAGCUGUGCGACCAUUUGGUGACUACGUACACAAGCACAACUUCUGCUUUGUGUUAUCUCCAGUGACAUGCAUGGUAGAUUGCACUGAGUUUCAUCUUCUUCUGGGUCAUCAGGUGCAUGCUUUGAUUUAAUGAAUUUGUUGUGCAUAGGAAUAUAUAAGGAUAUAAAGUAAGGUUUACAGUUGUCAUAAUAUGAUUAACACCAGUUUAGUCAAUAUUGUGAAGGCAUAUAGUCAGCUCAUAUGAGGGAAAAGGAUGCAAAUUUGCUUGACUGUAUGCAGUUUUGCAACUAGGCUGGAAAGCUGGCUUUUAUGUGUGUUUAUUCAUACACAGUUCUGAGUUCAGAAUGUACAGAAACCGGUUAUUGACUGGUGUAUCAAACAUGUUUGUGUAAAGUUAAUUAAUUAUGCUUCUUGACUCCAGGUCUUGUAGACUUAUGGAAUUAUAUAUCCAGCAGGUUAACAGUGUUUUACACUUUUUCUGCUCAAUUUUGCGGGAAAUCUGGAUACGCUGCACAUAAAUGUUAAAAGGUAUUAAUGGUUUUGUGGUUAAGUAAACAAAAACAUUAACUGAAGAAAACAUUUUCUUGAACAACCUAAAAUAAAGGAAGAUUGCAGAAGUCCAGUUUUAAAAAAAAAAAAAAAAAA